CAACAAGGUUGUAUACCAUCACCUCGGCGCCCUGUGGACGACGAUGCCUUCUAUAUCCGAGGCGGCAGAUGCUGGACAGUCCUCAUCGAUAGCUGUGCCCGACCAGCCCGCCGAGGCUGGCCCUUCCUCGGCUCCUCAGGCUCCUAAGGCAGCCGCGGCACCACCUACCCCAGCCGAGAGCUCAAAGCCAAAGCCGACCAAGAAGCCAAAGGGCAAAGGGAAGGUCAAUGCUGACGGUAUUGCAGAUGCUAAGCCAAAUCGCACAAGCCUGCGAGGAGGCAUGAUUGGAAUAGCCUCGUCCGAUCCGCCCGCGCCGGCUUGGUUGCCCGCUGGAGGAGGAGCGAGAAAGGCAUUGCCUGAGCUGGUGCUGCCUUUUAAGCUGCCGACGUCGAUAAAAGGAGGUGAAGAUGGAUUCAGUGAAGGAAGCGACGCUGAGGGAUCUGAAAUUGAUGAUGAGAGCAGCGAGGAGAGUGAGGCAGAGGGGGAUGGAGAGGGGGCAAGGAGAGCAAGAUUGGAGAAGAGGAGACGUAAGGAGCGUAGAGCAUUACAGCGAAGUCUAUUGCAAGUCCAGGCCCUUCGUCAGUCAAGGCUCUUCCACCUCGCAUCGUUGCUUGCGCCCUAUUCCCGCCGCACAAAGGCUGGCGUGUCCUACCCAGCCAGCGUGUCUCCUGACCUUCUUCACGGCAUCGAGCCGUCUGUCAAAGGUGGUCAUAUCCUCACCCCCCUCAGCAGAGUCGAAGUCCAAGUCGGACCACACUUCUUUGCCAAGACGAAGCUGUGGGAGAUGAGAAAGGAGAGGGAGCCACGAGCAACAUCUCCUCCGCCUCCGAAGAAGGCGCAGCAGCCAACAGCGCCAAGUCAAACCUCAGCAACCCAGCAGUCCAGUAAAGCUUCUCAGCCAGCUGUACAGCCAGCUCCCGCACCGCGUCCUGUACAGCAGCCGCCUCCUCAGCCGGCAGCCCCCCGGCCCACACCCCCAACAGCAGCAGCGACAGCAGCGGUCGAUCCUGUCCUAGUCACUCGAGUCAAUGAGCGUGCAUCGAAGGAUGCUGAUCUUCGAGACCUUCUGCAGGUAGCGGCUAGAGGAGCCGCAUCCCCUGAACAGCUCCGUGUGUUGGGCGAAGUCAUACAAGACGUGACGAGGGAGAUGGAGCGCGAUGGACUGAAGGUCCAGCCACCUCAGGCGAUAGCCAGGCCGCCACCGCCGCCUCCUGUAGCAGCACCGGCAGCUACCUCUCCUCCCAAAACUCAGGCAAAGGCUGCAAAAGGGCAGACGAAGAAGACUGCGGCUUCGGGAACUCCUGGCAAGCAGGCUGCCGCGUCUCAAACCGGUCCGUCCACCGAAAGCGCUAAGCAGCCCGAAGCUCAGCCUACGGAGCAAGCUCAAGGACCUGCUGAAGACGACGCCAAAGCGCCUUCAUCGGCUGCAGCUACUGCAGUAGCCCCUGCAUCCUCAUUCCGCCCCCCGAUCCUCGUCAUGGAGUUCCGGGAGAACCCCUCUAUGCGCUUCUACGUCCCUCUGUGGUCUUCCAUCGUCCGUCGGCGCAAGAUUAAGCGAGCAAGAGAGGUCGGUGAGGGAGGUCUGGAAGAAGAAGAGGAGUUGCCGGAAGAGCCGACAAAGGAGAAGGAGCUGAUCGAAUUCAUAGAGUUGCAACUGCACUUCCUUGCGCCUUUGCCGGGAAGCGAUGCGGCUGUUGGAACUGGAGCGGAUGCAAAGUAUCCCAUUCUGAUGACUAUCACUGCAGAGGACUCGAACAGGACGAUCUGGGAGGCGAUUUCGAGAGUUCCCGGUGUGAGGACAAUCGAUGCCAGUGGGCGGGAGGUGUUUGAGGAGCCGAAAGAGGAGACAGGCGAGGCCUCUUCGCGAGCGGAUCAGGACAGGAAAGAAGUCGCGGAUUUGGAGACGACUAUAGCCAAGGCGAUUGCUGCCCUCCCUCCUCGUCGCUCACUCAACCUUUCCGCUCCGCUCCCUCGCGGUCUCGAAGAUCACCUAGCAGACAAGUUUGCUCCUCAGCUCCAGUCCACCGCCUCCCUCUACUCGUCCAGUACUAGUAGAGACGUCCACCCUCACGCCUCCAGCGCCGGGGCCGCAGGCGCAAGCAAGAGACGCUCCCCUCCCGUAGAUCUCAUGCAUGACGACCUGCACGAUCUCACCGGCUCCGGAGGAGCAUACGACUUCGACGGCUCUCUCUCCGGUAUCGGCGGUAGCGGCUCUGCGCCCAAACCAAAGAAGAAGCGUAACGUCGCUACGCACAACCCGGACGGAUCUGUCAAGCGGUGCAACUCCUGUCAGACCAAUGUCACGCCCAUGUGGAGGAGAGGGCCAGAGGGACCUGCUACGUUGUGCAAUGCUUGUGGAGCGAGGUGGAAGUCAGGGAGGUUGGGGAUGCCUAGUGCGAGAGGCAGGAAGGGAAGCGCGGGACUUGGCGUGGCGGCUGGAGCGGGAAGUGGAGACACUGCUACGGCUAUUGGUGGUGGAACUGCUACUGCUGCCGGUGAUGCUGCCCCGAGCGAGAGCCAGAGUGGAGAACAGACAGUACCUACGAGCACUGAGCCUGCCCGAGUAGGAGAGGGAGUGGAAGUGGGCGAGGAAGCCCAGACAGCGUCCACCACAUCGCAGCCCGUCGAGUUGGCACAGACCGCCCCUGCUACCGUCGCCGCUACAUCGGCUCAAGGAGCAGAGGCUCAGACUCAAGGGGACGUCGCCAUGGCAGAAGCAGAGCCACAAGUAGAGGCAGAGGCAGACGCCAGUGCAAACACCAGUGGGAUGGUCGAAGGGACGCUCUAAUCACAUCGUCGCAACUGCAAUGCCAAAUGCUAGAGUCACUCA